AUGUUGCAAGAAACGGUGCGGUCAGAAGCAGCUUCCAGGCCACUUGCGCCUCGAUCAGAGCUGCCCCAGCGGCCUCGACCACGCGAUCAUCGCCUCCGUGUAUCCCACGCGUGUGAGGGUUGUCGCCUGAAGAAGGUUCGAUGCAAUGGCGUGCGGCCAGCCUGUGGCCGCUGUUCUUCCUUGUCGUUGGAAUGCCAGUAUGGCUUCGCAAGAUUCGCACGGACUAGGCAACUGAUCAAGGACCUCACCACCAAGGUUGAGCAAUACGAGAGCAUUCUGACGAGUGCAAAGGGCGGAGUCUCUGAAGAAAUCGUUGACGCUCCAUUGGUACAGCCGCAGCCGUCAGAAACACCAUCAUCCAACAAGAGUGUCGUCUCAUCCGACUCACCAACUUACGCCUUGGCCAAAGAUAUCGGCUCAAACCACUCUGAACGAGCCACAGACAGUCUCCGCAGCACCCGUUCAGGUUCUUCGUCCGAGAGUUCUUCAGGUACCGACUCGCAUGAGCUGACACCACAAAGCAAUCCUCCUCAGCAUAAAGCAAAUCCAAAUACAUCCACCGGCCCAUAUGAUGGUUGUACAAGUCGAAAGCCGCUGCCCGACUGGGCCGCCAAUCAUGCCCAAAUGGUCGAGAACCUGCUAAGGCCGCCUCGCCAUGUUUUAGAGGAGGCUGUUCGCUGCUUUCUGGAUGGCUCAGCUAUAUUAUUCAACUAUUUCAGCGAAGAGGAGCGCUCAUCACUUUUCGACAUCGCCUACUCCGAGUCCUUGUCCGCGGAGCAAUCGAUUUCACCGACAGUGGCACUCUGUCAAUUGAGCGCCGUCGCCGCCACUGGCUGCCAGUACUAUCCCGAGCACUUUGACGAUGCGACAAGGACGGCUUUCCUCUCCAUCGUCAAAGUCACGCUCGAUGACUGCAUCGAGGCGUCCGGUGUCGCUGCUGUGCGGGUCAUGGCCCUGUUAUGCAUGUACUUUACAUUCGAGAAACGCAUCAGUGCAUUGACGUACGCAGAAAGUGGACUUCGCAUAGCUCGAGCCCACGGCAUAGUGGACGACCGUUCAAGAAUAUCGGAUUCCUCGCCAUGGAAGAGGAUCGUCAGCAGCCUGGUCUUUUUGGAUUGUUGGAUAUCCGCCACGACGGGUCAUAUGCCGGAAGCCCUCAGUUCAGGCGAGACCCAGUCCCCGCUUCUUUUCGAGCUUGGAACCAGUGGCUUGACAAUAGACAUUGUCCAGAAUGAGAUGACGAAGGCGGCCGUUCUGUCGGCGCUGAUCAUGCGCGAUGUCCAUCACGCCAAAUGCGCCAUUGUGACGAGAGAGACAUUGGCCAUGUACAGGAGCCGACUGGAGGAGUGGCUCCUGAACCUGCCCGACUUUAUGAAACUGGCACAUCUGGUUGACGGCGUGGAAACCGACAAGAACAUCCGUGCAGUUUUCUUGGUCCAUCUGCUGUUCAUGCACACUCUCAUGCUACUCUACCGGUCGGAAUUGGUGGCAUUGGCUCACACUUCUCAAGCCGAAGCCAAAGCCGAAGCCGAAAAAGCCUUCAUUACCGCCCAAGAGUUCCUUGAUCCCUGUCUAUGGUCGGCGAGGCAGGUCGGCAGGAUCCUCAAGAUUGCCCAGUCGCAGGGGCUGGUUCUGAGCAAGUGUUGGAUGUUUAUCAAUACGUCCUACUGCACGGCCAAUGUUUUGCUUUACUUCUCCGCCAACCGUCUCCUAUACCAGCAGCCAAACAGUGGUGAGAUUGAGACGACCACCACGGUCGAAGACGAUCUCGCAGCUACUGCCAUUUGUAUAGAUGUGCUCGAAUUUUGUGGCCGCUACGACGACGUGGCUAAACAGUACCUGGCCACCAUUGCACCUCUCAACAACGAACUGCAGGAUAUCUUCCGCCGGUUAGCCGCACAGAGUUCUAGUAUUCCCGAUGAGAGUGACGCCGAGAGCUUACGUCGAGUGAUUUCGUCGAGCGCAAAUUAUUUAAUUCAUCCGUCUCCAUCCAGCACCAGCUCAGGCUCAACUGUCGGGUUCCUGCAGGGGGCCAGAUUCAAUUUCCAUUCUCCAAUGAUGAAGUGA